CACUUUAUUAUGUAUUUCAAGUUAAGAUUGUUGUGAUAUAGUAGAACCACUUUUAUCUUAAUAGCUGUACCGUGAGUUCUACCUCACCUGCUUCUCCUAGCUUCCUACAUUCGGCCUACCCUCCAGUUUUCAGGAGCAAACCCACGUGCCGCCUUCCAGGCGGGAUAUUCAAAAGAGUGGUGACGAGCAGGGACUAAAUUUUUUUUUUCCUCUCCUCUUACCUGCUUUUUUACUCGGUACUGCUUUCUUUUCGUGCUAGCCCAGUGUGAUUGCAUGUGCGAGUGCUUCCACCCUUCGCUCUAAGAUUUUAUUUGUAUCAACCAUGGCUUCGUCACAGGAACAGGCUUCCCUGUCCGAUCUUGUACUUUUUCAGGCUCAGCAAAUGACGCAACUGCUUGCUGCCGUAAAUGGACUGAUCACACUACAGGCUGCAGCUGCUAUGACGCCUCCGACACCACCGCCUGUACCGACGCCGACGACGCCUCCAGCGCUGCCAUUUCGUGCCUUCAAUCCAGACGUUGAAUGCUGGCCAGAAUACAUUGCUCAGCUCGAGGCACACUUCGGAGCAUACAACAUAACAGCAGAAUUGGAGGCUUCGUGGCUUCCACCGCCUCAGACCACGACUCCACUGAUGACGCCUCCGCCGCUCGCGCCUAAGCAGCAGACGCUCCUGCCGCCGCCGCCACUGUCGGUCCGGUCUCCUGCACCAGGCGAGCGCCUCUCGCCGCCGCCAUGGCCCCACCUCCGGCCACCGCCUUCGCCGCCGCCGCCGCCGUGUUCCUCCGCGGUGCCGGAACUGAUGGACACUGAGGCUGCCGUCAUGCCGCCACCGCCGCUGUUGCCCAUGGAGGCCGUUGCUCCCUGUCUCUUUAUCCGAGCAUACCCAGUGACGGUGCGCUUCCUGGGGAGGUCGCCCCCUCGCGAGCAAUUCGGGGACCUGGGUGAAUAGCACAUCCCAACAGAUCUGCUGUCCGCCCCCUCAGUUGCGCCGCCCCUGGGUCCCUCCACCUGUCGUCGGAAGCCCUACUCAACGACAGUGCGCCAUUUCAGGGGGGAGGAAUGUGGUAUCAGUGGCUAUGAUGCUACAACAUAGGAGUGCUCUCAUAGGUUGGCACUAUGAGAGUGAACGAUCGACACUGAGUGCAGCGCCCUCUAGCCCGACACUACG